GCUUUUGGGUGAAAAUAAUGAAAAUCUAAGCUGUAUCGGUGGCUUGAAAAAACGAGAUUUUGCAUUGUGUUGUCCAUGCAAAAAAGAAAAAACGAGCCGAGAAAAAAGUCGUGUCAUUUCGCCGCUAUAAAUGUUUGUGUAUGAAGUGAAAUUCGCCGCUUGGUUUCUGUCUUGUCGCUGUCGCUGCCACAGAAGUUUUUGUUUACUUAAGCAGAGCGCGGGGCAAUGUGAAGAACAGAAACAUAUUCGUCCGUCCGGUAUAAAUAAAAAAUUGAUUUAAUUAAAGAAAAGUUUAGAGUGUCGAUGGAAAAUUAUAACAAACAUAGCGUGGCUGUCACCAAAAUACAACAUAGAAUAGAAUAAACAGAGAAAUAAUAUAAAAAGAAUUAUUGAAUUUGCUUAAAAAGAAUUGGAAUAAAAGGGCAAAAAAAGUAUAAGAAGCAAAAAAUAAAUAAAAAGCCCAAGAAUACCAAGAGAAAUAUAUAAAAUAAAUAAGACUCGCGUUGUGAAAACAAAAGAAUUCUAGUUUACAAUAUCAAUUACAAACAGAAAACAGAAACAAAGUAAAAGAAAAAAGAACACACGUAAACCAACCAACAACAAGAACGACAACAACAUUACAAGACAAACAACACAAAACGACGGCACGGUAUCAUGUUUUGCAUAAAAAAUGCCGUUUAAUGUUUCUGUUGUCGACGCUUACGUUGCUGUCGUCGUCAACGUUGCUGCCGGAGAGCUGUUGCUGCCACUAAAUGUUGCUGCGCCGUCAUUCUUUAAAUGAAAUAUGAAAUGUAUACAAAUGUUAACGAUCGCCACUCCACUCAACAUUGUUGUAAUUAUGCAAAUUUAUUUAGGUUUUUCGAUUUCAAUUUGAAAAAUGUCGUCGUCAUAUAGCCCGCACGAUUUGUUAUUGUUGCUUUCAUUGCAAAAAAAUCGUAGUAGUUGUCAUAUAAAUCAUCAACAGCAGCGCCAGCAGCAGCAUAAAUUGUUAACGACGAACCACAACAACACCAACAACAAGAACGUGUUAAAUAAACAAAAUAACAACUGCAACAACAACAACUGUAACCAAAAACAACAACAGCAGCAACAACAAAUAGAACAACAGCAAUUAUUGUUGUUCUUCAUUGUGGUACCAUUGCUGAUCUCUACUAGAAAAGAAACAGCAUUGUCAGCAACUAAAACAGCAGCAGCAACAACAAAUAUAAAAACAACAGAAAUUCCCCAAAACAAAAGAUAUACUAAAACAAAAAAUAUAACAACAACAAUAACAUCGUCAUCGAGUGUUGAGGAAAGAGACAUUGAACCGGCAUUUGGAGUGAUACAUUCGUCAUCCGCAAGCAAAGCAAAAACAACAACAUCAACAGCUACGACGAACAAUAACAAAAGGUUGGUAACAGGAACCGCCACAACACAACCAACAACAACAACGACGACGACGCCAACAAAGACGGCGAAGACGUUUAAAACAAACUCAACGACAACAACAAACACAAACACAAGAAGAGAGGAUAUCAGCAGCAAGAUCUUCUCUCGAUUACCUGGCUACUACGAGCAGCCGCAACAUCAGCAGGAUAAUAGUACUUUGCAAACGUAUUACAUUGUUUGCAAGGAAUUGGAAAUUCCAAAAUCCUCAUCCACUAGUAGUAGUAUUAAUAGUAAUACUAUACAAAAACUACAACAACAAAAACAAGAAUUUGGAAUUGUAGUUUUCAUCUACUAUCUUUUAAGAAAGGUUCUACUUCAUCGACAAGCACGAGGAGUAACCACAGCAACAACAGCAGUAUCGUUGUUAUUGGACUACACAGACUGCUGGUCCCCUUCAAGAACAUCCCCAUUGGCGGCAAGAGAUCCUCAUUUGUGUAAUUUAAAUCACACACUUCUGCCAAGCAGCAGUGCUGCUUUAAAAUCUGAAUUAACCCAUACAUCUUAUCAUCCACACAAGUCAAGUGCAUCAUCGGUGGCGUCAAGAUAUCCCUUAUCAUCGUCAUCGCUUGGCAGAAAAAGCUCCUCCAAGCUAUUUUACAGUCCCCUCCAACAGGAUAUACACUCGUUUCAUUUAAAUUAUCCCCAGCUGCAUUAUUUUCAAACCAAUCAUCAUCUAAGCAGAUUAACCCGAUAAAUCUAAAGAAAAGGCAGUUUGAAAUAUUUGGAUUGUUAGAAAUUUUUUGUAAACAACAACAAAGCCAGACUCCUCGAGCGACUCCUUUUCUUGCCUCCACAUAAUCAUCAGCAUUAGUUAGCAGCACCUUCCUAAGACACCAGCAACAACUACCUAAUACUUCAACAAGGAAAUAGAAUAAAAUUCAAAUUUUGUUGUUUUUGAUUUUUUUUAUAAAACUCGAAAACUUUAAAACUAAUAAACAACACAAAGCCAAAUUUAGUUUGUAACAAUCAAAAGAAAAAGAAAAAAACGCAAAAAGGAAAACAAAAAGGUCUAAACAAGGAAGAAGUUUGUCGUCUAAAAAAGCAACACAUCCAUCAAUCAAUCGUCUAUCUCAUCAAGCAUCAGACAAACAUCAUCAUGUCGAAAUUAUCAUUUAGGGCUCGUGCCCUCGAUCCAUCCAAACAAAUGCCCAUUUAUUUGGCCGAGGAGCUACCGGAUUUGCCAGAAUAUUCAGCUAUAAAUCGAGCGGUACCACAAAUGCCAAGUGGCAUGGAAAAAGAGGAAGAGUCGGAACAUCAUUUACAACGAGCAAUAUGUACAGGUCUAAUUAUUCCGACUCCGGAAGUCUAUACCACCGAACAAGAUUUCUAUGAUAAAAAUUAUCCACCCAAUUACCGUAUGCCCCGGCAAUUGAUUCACAUGCAACCACUUGGUUUGGAGCAAGAUGUACCCGAAUACGAUAUGGAUAGUGAAGAUGAAGUGUGGGUUACGCAACAACGAAAACGCUUAGAUUUAACGCCAUUCAAAUUUGAACAAAUGAUGGAUCGUCUUGAGAAAAGUUCAGGCCAGACAGUGGUUACAUUGAAUGAGGCAAAAGCGCUGCUCAAACAGGACGAUGAGGUCAGCAUAGCCGUCUACGACUACUGGCUGAAUAAACGCCUGAAAAUGCAACAUCCGUUGAUUCUCUCCGUCAAGACAGAGAAUCGGCCGGGGGCCUCAUCAAAUAAUCCGUACUUAGCAUUUCGCCGGCGCACUGAAAAAAUGCAAACGCGAAAGAAUCGUAAGAAUGAUGAGACUUCCUAUGAGAAGAUGCUCAAGUUAAGGCGUGAUCUGCAACGGGCAACCACGGUUUUGGAGAUGGUGAAGAGGCGUGAGAAAACCAAGCGUGAACAUGUGCAUUUGUCCAUAGAAAUCUUUGAGAAACGUGUACAACUCAAAGACUUCAAUGGAGCUUUACUGUCAGAGCUCAGUGCUACCAUCAAGAAUUCAAGACCUGCCUUUGCCCCAUUGUAUGCUAAUCAAUACUCGCAUCAUUCAUCAUCUUCGGGAGCCACACCGACGGCUGUGGUACCCAGUGUUAGUUCAUCGGCAGCCGGUUUGAACAAUGUCAUGGGUUCUACGGGCAUGAUGACACCGGGUCAAACGGGCAGUGUAACAGCUGGAGGUCAUAUGUAUUCAUCAGCACCGCAGUACCUGAACUCAGCGAAUGUAGCUAUGGAUGCAUUAAAUGCUGGCAGUCGCAAAGAGAAACGUCAGUAUAAGAAGCGUAAACAUAAAAUACCACGUGAUAAACAACAACUGAAUCACCAGCAACAGCAGCAGCAACAACAGUAUUUAGCCACGAUGGGUGUAAUGCCAACAUCGGGUACCGCAGGAGCUGCAUUGGGUGUUGGAGGAGUGGCUGGUAUUCCGGGCGGAACAUCAAGUUUGCCGCAUCACCUGCCGCAUCAUAUGCAUCAUCACCUGCAUCGUCAAAGUUCAUCGCCUGCGCCAAAUGAGUCGAACAUCGAAACCGAGGAGGAAGAUUUAGCGCACAAAAUCGGUUCGGAAAGUGAAGAAGAGGCUCCGUUUGCAUUUAGAAGAAGACAAGGCUGCGAUUAUUUGAGGUCAAGAGCCCAUACCGGCAAUUGGCCUUGGGAGCCUAAGGAGGAGUAUGGUUUCGGUGACACUAAAUAUCGCUAUACCCUAGCCUCCAUUAAACAUCCAAGACCUCGUUGUAUUGGCUUUGCAAGACGUCGCAUGGGUCGUGGUGGUCGCAUUCUCUUGGAUCGUGUAGGAUCGAAUUUGGACGAUUUUUGGUCUCAGCUUGACUACACAAUAUUGGAGAGUAAAACAUCCGAUACCAAUAGCAUUGUCGGCGAUACAACAACAACGACGACGAUAAAAACUAAUAAAAAAGAUUCUUCUGCAAAACCCGCCUCACCACCAACUGUUGUUGAUUUAGUGCCCCCAGCGGCGUCAGCGUUUGGAGCACCAACAUCAGCCGCAGCAUCUACUACUAAUGUAAAUAAUGCAAAUACACCCGCCACUAUAAUUAAGCAAGAAAUCGUGGAUACCAACAUAUAUAAUAAGCAUCUCGAUAAUACCAAGACAUCAUCCGUCAUUAAUGGUCUGGAGGAUGAUGCUAAUGGCAAUGACGAUGAUUUGGAAGUUGGUCUCAAUGGCUAUUGUGAAUAUGAAUAUUCCGAUGACGAUGACGAACUGGAAGACGAACAUGGUUUACACAUACAAAGGGAUAGGCUAUAUCACUCAUGUAUCUCAAUGGCACGAUUCAGACGACGACGAAGAAGACAGCAGGAGCAACAAGAACAACGGCAGCAAAGUGAACAGAAUUCGAAACGGCGUAAAUUAAAUAAUGCCCAUUUGCAGCAAAAGAACAUGGAAGCGGCACAACGACGUUUGUUGUACAAAUUGUCUCAAUCACUGAUGAUGGAUAAUGGCACGGGUAGUGUCAAUGGACGUGUAAAUAAUUUAGUUAACUCAUCGACCAACAACACAACAGCAGACCCCAUUAAACAUGAGAAGGUAAAUGGCCUAAAUAAAACAGAUGAUGAAAUGGGAUCUACGACGACAACGUGGACCAAUCAUCGUUGUGCGUCGACUGCUGCCACUAACACCACCGUCCUGGAAAAACUACACACAUCCCCCACCAACAAUACCAGCAUCAGCUCAUCAUCAUUGUCAUCGUUUUCAUCGUCUUUGCCAGCCAUCAACAACAACAGCAACAACAAUUCAUCGUCGCUAGUUAUUGGCAUUAUCAACAACAACAAUAGUAGUAACAAUGUUAAUAUGAACAUUAGUAAUGGUAGUAGAAGUAAUAAUUGUAGUAGUAUAAGUGACAAAACGAAUGUGAUAAAAAGAGAGAUCAUCAUACAGGAUGCAGAUUCGGAAAAUGCAUCAACGUCCUCGUGUAAUCCUGGUGAUUUGCUGAUGACAUCGAGAGCCAUUAAACAGGAAAUGAUGGAUUCGUCAGCGCCCUCAUUAGCCUCGGCCGAUGAUUCCAAUGAGCCGUUGAGUAGUAUACAAAAGCUUGGCACAGCGUCGUCAGCAGCCGCUGAUAUUGUUGAAGACGAAGAAAAUCUCAAUUUGGCACAGCUAAGUAAUUUGAUAAAGAUCAAGAAGGAGGAGGAGGAAGAUGUAAUGUUUGAGUACUCAAAUGAUCGGGCGGCGGAGAUGUUUGGAAGAAAUGGUGGUCGAGUAGCAGGUGUUAGUGGCCAGCAACAACUGGCUUCGGAAAGUGAAGACGACGAAGUUUCAUGCUAUAAUCAAAUGGCUGAUGUUAUACGUCAACGUGAUCUGAGGAGAAGCAGAAGGCCAUUGAGACCCAAUAGCAGUGGGGAACCAUUGAAGGGUGUAAAUGUAUUGAUCGAAGAAGUGGCGGCAGCAAACAACGAACAAAAGCAAGAACAGCCAGACGAUGAGCUAACAAUGUUGGGUGGACUGUCUCCCACUUCGUCGCAACGUUUGGAUAUUUGCAAUGAACUAUUGUCGGAAAUACGACGUGAUUGGUUGCAUUUCAGGCCCAAAACACCCACAGAAACCGAAAAGGAAGACUUUUGGUCUUUAGAUAUGGAGUAUAAGCUAUCAUCGCCACUGGUCGAUUGGUCACAGCAAACACCAAUAGCCAUAGAAAUGGUUCGAGAAUCACUAAGUCCCAUAAAAGACGUUAAGAUGGCCAGUAAGUUGUUGAAAAAGGAAUCCACUCUUUGGAAGGAUGACGAAGAGUGUAACAGCGCAGCAUUUAUAACACCCGCUUUUAAAUACGAAGACUUGGAGGCUGAUACUCAACUUUUACAGAGUUCAUUUAUGUCCGAUAUUACCCGGGGCAGUAGUAAAAGUCCCGAGGCGGCCAAUAACAGUGCUUGUCUGGAUUUGAAUUUCAGUGGCGACUCCUUGAACGACAUAAAUCUUCUCGGCGAUGGCGAUGAUGCUGACAUGUUGGAUAAUAUACUGCAGGAAGUUCAAAUCGAUGAUAUUAAGACAUUGGCCACCAAUUUCUGGAAUGGUAUUUUGGAUGGUGAAAAUGUUGACACCGAGGUGGAUGGUGACGUUGAAGCGGCAGCCGGUUUGCUGGAUGGCAUCGAUGAUGCCACAAAGAAAUGUGACAAAAGUGGAGUUGGGGAAAGCAAGAAAGCAAAUACACGAGGCAAAGGUGGAAAGAAAGCCUGUGCAGCUCUUACACCCGUGGGCAGUUCUUCAUUCAAUUGUUUGCCAUUGGAAAAGGCUUUGGUUAAGGAUGAGACAUUCUUCAAGCAAGAAGAAGAACUGAAAAAGGAGCCAUGUGAUGAAGAUGAGGCGACAGCGGUGCAAGAUAAAGAGGUAGCUGUUAAAUCUGAAGCCAUGGAUGUGACUGAAGCAAAGGUUGGUUUGGCGGUGGAAGGUGGCCAGGCAGUGAUACCGAAUAACAUGAUUGUUAGUAUAACGCCACAACAACAGCAACAAAUAGUGGCAGCACCAGCCCUGGUGAUGGCAUCUUCAGCGGCGGAGACUUCUGGUUGUGCAAAUUUGAAUGUCCAACAAGAAGUUGUGCAGCCUGCAGAUCCAAUUGUUAUUGCCCAGCCAAUGGUCCAACAACAUCAUCAGUCCGGCCAACAACAACAGCAGCAGCCACAUCCACAACCACAUUUAAUUACCCAUUCAACACCGCUGCAGGUAAUUGGAAAUACCAUCACUCUUAAUCCUGGUGAUACAAUUGCAACCACUCACAAUCAGUUGCAGGCCACCAGUACUAAUCCCGCCGCCACUAGCCAAAUACAACAACAUCAACAGCAGCCACAGCCGCAACAGUCAGCAUCGCCGCAGGCCCAGCAGCAACAUCAGCUGACGACAAUACAAGUGUUGCAACAGCCACAAGGCACAACUCAACAGAUACGCAAUGUAACCGUCCAACAGUUACAUCAGCUGCAAUUACAACAACAGCAGCAGCGUAAAUUACAAUUGCAACAACAGCAGCAGCAGCAGAAGUUGUUAAUGCAGCAACGGGCUGGCGAACUUGUGAAUGCAGCAACAAAUAAUGCGGCUAGCGGCGGUGCAUCUGUGAUAGCUCAGUAUAUUCCCAAUACUACCAGUAAUUCCAAUACCACAACGACAACGAUAAUGCGUCAACCCACGCUAACGCCCAUCGGGGCCGCCACAGUAACCCAUAACAAUAGUACUGGUCAAAUGAUCUACACAACCACAUCGGCUGGUGAUGUUAUUGGCACUGCGACCGGCUCACAGAAAAUCUAUUUGCAGAAGGCUCCCGUUUCGUUGGGUUCGUCGACCACGACGCAAGGUGUCAACAUCAUCAACACUAGCAGUGGACAACAAUUGACAGUACAGAAUAUAGCUGGUGUACAGCAUAUAAAUGCCACUGGCAAUGGUUCCAAUGCAACGGCUGGUCCCUUAAUUGUUACCACAUCAGCGAGAAAUGCCGUCCAACAAUUGACCCAACAGCAAAUGGUGGGUCAACCGACCCAACAAAUCGUGUGGCGUCAACUGGGUUCGACAAAUGUAACAACAACACCGGCUGGCAUGUUGGCUGGCGCCACAACGGCUGUGACAAAUGCCGAUGGCACGGUGACGGCAACAAUGGAAUCGGGCAAUAAAAUUGUCUGGACAAAUCGACCGGCUCAAAAGCGACUGCUAAAUGGUCCAGAGAGUACAGAUAUCAACAAGGUGUUAUUGAAUCGCAAGCUCUCACAACGAAAAAUAAUAACCCAAGCCCACCAACAGAUUCUUCAACAACAGCAGCAACAGCAACACUUGCAACAGCAGCAGCAACAACAACAGCAGCAAGCGCAAGAUGAUGACUUAACGACGACAUUGAAUGCAUUGAGUGGCCAGGAAACAACCACAACCACUGGUGUUACAUAUACCACACAACAGCAGCAGCAGCAGCAACAACAACAAAUACAAAAAGUUACUACUAGCGGUGGUGGCAGCGGCGGCGGUAAAGUUAUCAAAAUGCCAUCAUCAUUCCCCCUACUGGUAUCCGAGGUUAAUUUGCAGCAACAACAAAAACACAAUACAGCUGCUGCCAUUGCGGCAAAUCACAACUACAGCCUACAACCCACAGCAGCCAUUAUAACUUCUCAGGCUUCACAGCAGGGCAGCGGUGGGGGUAAUAAGAUAUAUCUAACCGCAAGUUCUAGCGGUGGAGCAGCUACAAACUACACCAUAACCAAUGCCAGUGAAUUGCAGUCGGCUGCCCAGAAAUUGCAGGCGGCUGGCAAUUCAAAUGUAAAGCUGCAGCAUUUGUUGUCGCAGCAGUUGUUGUAUCAACAGGGUAAACUGAAAAGAGAACGAAUUUUGAAUAUCAUUGGUGCGGCAACAUCGGUGGACGGCAGUGGCGGCGGCGGCGGCAAUGCUUCUGCUGGCACUAUCACCGCCACCUCUGGCAGCAGUGGUGGCGUUUCGGUUACGGGUGAUAAUAACAAGCGUGUCUUGUACACCAGUCUGGUGAAUGUUAAGCAACUGCAAAAGAAUAAUACGGGACAAAUGCAGGUUCAAAUUAAUCCUCAAGGUAUGGCUCAUGCUGUGCUGCGAAAUCGUAUUGGGAACAAUCAAAUCUUUGCCAAUAUGCGAACGGUGCCAGUGGCAACCGUGGUGGCGUCGGCGCCCGGCAACAAUCACAGUAACAAUGUAACGGCGAGCAAUGCUGGGGGUGGCGUCGGCGGUGGUACCACAGUUCAGGUUGUAUCAUCAAAUCAGCAAACAUCAACGGGAAAUCUUAACUCCAACACAUCCAAUAGUCUCAACAAUUCCGAUCAGCAACAGCAACUGAGUGAUAUGAAUGCCACCGGCAGUGGCUUGACGAUAAUAAACUCAACGGCCGAUUUGAAGUCCAUAACUGUUGCUGCUUCUGCAGCCGGAGGCUCGGCUGGUGGUGGCGGCGGUGGGGGUGGUUUGAUUGAGAAUACCAACAACAGCAGUCCUGUGACGGCAAACAGCAACAAUUCAUCUUCGAAUGGUGGCGGUGGCAGUACCGGCAACAGCAAUGUCACAACAACAAAUAACACCACGACAAUCAAUAGGUGAGACGAGGCAAGAUAACUACCAUUUAGGGUCUUACAAAAAAUGAAUGAUUUCUUCUGCAACAUCAUCAGUGUAAAUAUGAAACAAAUGGCCGAGAAAUUGUUAUUGAAUGCCAAAAGCCAGCAGAGAUGGCGAUGUCGUCGGCGCAGCAACAGCAUCAGCAACAGCUUUGUUGCCUAACAAACAGCAAAGCAACAGCAUUAAGAAUUGCAAAACGCCCAUCGCCCUCUACUCCCUUCUCUUCUACUCGUCUCUAAUCUAUGAUGCAUCGAUCGUCUUCUACGACUACGACUACCUACCCAACCACUAUCUACCACUAAACUAACGUGACUGCUGUUGCUACUGUUUUGAUUACUUUUUGACAAUAACAAAGAUUUAUUUUAUUCGUUUUUCUUAAUUUCUCAAAUACACAAGAACAAUAAAAAUCACAACAACAACAAACAAGAACAACAAAUACCAUUCCACUUAACAGCAUAUUGAUAAUAAUAGAAAACAAAAGAGAACACAACACUCAUAACAAUUAAACACACAGUAACAAAUAGAAGAUGAAGGAGGCUGCCAAAAAAAAAAAAAAAAAACGAAUGUUUAUAGAGGAACACCGACGAAGUGAUAAAGGAAGAGCAAACUUACAAUGGAAGUUUAGAGCCUCGAAAAGGCUUAGCGAACGUUGGAUUAGUUAGUUCAAAGAGAAAACAUUUAAGUUUAAAAUUGAUUUCAUGAAUUCCAUGAGAAAAGGAGGAAAAUGUUCUUUGGGACUAAAUCAAUCCCAGUUAGCCGUGAAAUGUGGAAGACAAGCAGGCUAAACUGAUGCUCUGACUGCUUCUAAGCCUCUAUAAACAAUAUACAUAUAAACUCUCACAAACACACACACACACCCAUAAACACAAACAGCAAAUUCAGGCCAUACACUAAAAAACAAACAAAAUUCAAUUUAUAUUCGAAAAAGAGUUCUUAUGAGACAAAAUUUGUGUUAGCCUAGAAAUGUAUGUAUAAACAGCAACCACAACUCAACAGUAAAGCAACAACAAACCUUUUUUUAGUAUAUAUUAAAAGAAAAUUAAAUUUUUUGUAAUUUUUAAUUUUUAUCAUUUAAUGUUAAAAUGAAAACCAACCAACUCCUCCCCCCCACAACAAGAUGAAACAAAUUAUAUAAUUAUAUAAAUAAUAAUAAAAAGCCACUACAAGGAAAGAAGAAGAAAACUUACAUUUAUGCUUAAAUUAAAAAAAAUGUAUAGAAACUAAAAAUAAAAACACAUAAUAAUAAUGAUAAAAAAAAACUUAUAAUAAUAAUAAUCAAUGUAUGAAGUAAAAACAAAUCAACCAUAAUUAAACUUAAUUAAAGAAGGAAAGAAAAGAAAACAUAAAACCAAUUAUAAACGAAAAAAAAAAACGCUCUCCCCCUUUUUAAAUAUUAAAAAAAAAAACAAACAAAAACAUAUAAAAAAAGAAAAAAAUUACAUAAAAUUACUAUAUUUUUUUCUUCUUUAGAAAAUUAUUAGAAAUACGCUGAAAUAAUUUAUAUACCACAACAACAACAACAUAAUAAUGUUACAAAAUAUUAUUACAUUUAAAGAUCUUAUUUUCAAGAUCUUGGUUUAUUAUUUUUAUUCAAUAACUAUUAUUUUUUUAAUUUUUGAAAAACAAAACAAAAAAUAAAACAAAUUUUGUUAAUUUAACAACAAAAUUAUUACCCAAAACUAAUGUUUCUUCUUGGCUUUUUUUUUCUCCAAAACAAGAAAAACUCAUUAUUUUGUUUUCUUUGAUUUUUAAUUUCAAACCAGGAGAGAAUUUCUUACAUUUUCGUAAUCCAAUUCCAUAAAACAAAAUUUAAGCAGCUUGUCUUUCUUUUGACAGUAAAUACUAAUACUACCCUGAGGAACCCAAUAGCAGCAACAGCUAGCUUGCCCCCAAUCCAAUACCAACACCUCAGAACCACCAGCUGUUUUAGUUUUUCAAACGUUUUCUCUUCUUCUUCAUUAAUUACAUAAAAAUUGUUUAAAAACUGAAGAAAAAAUAUCUCAAAAACACUAUAUAUAAAAAAACAAACCAGAAGAAAUAAAUAAUAUACUUUUUUUAUAUAUAUAUAAAAUAAAACAUCUUAUGAUUAUGUUGUAAAUAGUUAGCUUUAAUAUUAAUUCUAAACAAAAAACCCAUUAAGUUUAAUUAAAAACGCAAAGAAACAAUUAAAAAAACAAACAGAUAAAAUUAAAUGUGUAUUAAAAUAAUAAAACAACAAAUGAUACAAAAAACAAACAAAACAA